AUGUCCCCGAGGUGCUUCUUCUCUGUCAAGUUUGGAAGAAACCUUCGCGCCUACUCCAACCUCAUCCAUCACCCAAAAGACUCUAAAAAGUUGGACUUUGUUUUUUUCUCCAGUUAGGAUCUUAUUGACUGUCCUGUUCAACUUUCAAAUCCAAGUUUAGUUUUUAAUUCAGCCUUCAUUCCUACAAAGACUUGCCUUUCAAAAGACAUUAUGACCUUGUCUCAAAACUCCACAUAAAUAAUUAAUCGAUACAAGUUUUCCGUUUCGAAUCUACUCAAUUCACUUCAUAAACCUCUCCAGCUCAGUAAAGUCGUGAAAACGAUCAAUAUAUAAGGUAAUACGCAUGAGAAUUAUAAUCUUGUUGCCGCAAUUUUCCGAUCAGACCUCUACUUUCAAUCCGAUUUUUGUUUCUGUGAGGUAUGUCUUUCUGUCUCCGAAACAAUGAAUUGCUCAGCGACUGGGAUUUCUGAUCUCAAUCCAAUUGUAGUUUUUCGUUUUUGUACUCUGCCCCCUCUCCCAAUCCCCCGCUUUUUAUUGUUUUUUGUUUGCCAGUAUCUCGUCUCAGAUUCCUCUUACCUUUUUUCUAACAUUUUUUUUUUACUCCCUAACAUGGGAAAUUCAUAGAUUCAUUAAUAUUCCUAGCAGCAACUUUCUCAAAAAACUAUUGGCAUUCAUUCUAAAUCAAAACUUUACGGAAGACUUUCUCUUGAGGAAAACUCGAAAGAGAGCUUUUCUGUAAAUCUUGGAAGAAAAAUCCCUUCUGAGCAAGUUUUGUUUGUAACUCAUAUUUCUUUACUUGCUCAUCCCCGUUUUUACCACAACCAGUGGCGUAAGACAAAAAAGGGCAGCAAUUAGAAGAAAAGUGAUUCAUGCCAGUAAAUAUGAUUUUCCCACUGAUUCAUUUUGUCUUCUCAUUUUCUUUGUUCUUGGCUUGGCUCUUAGAAAAGGACGACCGAAAGAGUAAUUACUCCCUUAAUGAGCCUUUUUUCGGAGUGCCUUCAAAACGUGGUAUCGAAAUGAGUAAGUGAUGUAUCAAUGAUUUCAAGAAAAAAAAAAUCAAUUUUUUUUGUAUGAUUCAAGUCAAUUUCCGCUCCUAUCGCAAUUUUCCAUAUCUUCUCUGCGAAAUGUUAUUUCCUUAAAAAAAGGUACCGUAACAUUCUAAGUUUCCGUUCUAUUUGAGAGUCAAAACAAGCCGCCCAUUGUGUAUGUUGCAUUGCGCGGCUCGUUAACUAACCAUUCUUCAUGAGCUAUUCAAUAUGCUGCUUUCUUUGAUAUUUCUCGUUUUCAUUUCGGUGGAGAAUUAUUUAUUCUGCUUUUGCUGCUUUGGAUAAACACGCCAAGUCACUCCUUCGAGAUAUAUAUUUCUUCUUGUAAUUUCGGCUCUCAUUUGGCGAAAAUCAGCAAAAGUACGGCGACGGUCGAUGCGAAAUUUCCCAGGACGCGUGUGAGAAAUACAACCGCAAUUGAAAUGGGCAAUAUCGCUUAGCUUGUUUUCUUCCCUUUCAAGUAUUUUCCGAACUGAGGGCUGAGUGAAAUGGAUUUUCUUUGAAGCAGCGCUUCACAUAUCAAUAUUUCAUGAUGUUUUAAUUACCUUGGCUCUCAAAAACUGCUGAAGUCAAUCAAAAUUCAUUUGCAGCCCUCAUUCUAUUUUCAAACUGAAUUAAGCAACAACUAAGUCUUAACCGCUCUCACUUCAUCUCUUUUUUGAAAGUUUCUGUCAAUAAAAGUGAUAAAAGUAACAUGAAUACAGCUAACGGAAACUUAAGCUGUAUUAAAAGAAAAGCUUUUAAGCUUGAAAGCUUCCGGCAAAAAAAGCUAGAGAAAAAAUAAAUUAAAAUAGCCUGUAGAAAAAUGCUCCACCUUUUAAAUUAUCAUAGAAAAAAUUCAGCGAUUCCUGAAAAUCUUGAGGCAAAAAACAGUUUUCAGAGUUAUCCCAAGCUAAACAAGAUUUCUGCGUCUCAAUAAUAUACAGAAUUUUUCUUUCAUCGCGCAAGAACCGCCGACGCUAAGUUCAAAUUUACUUCCGCGAAAUACAAAAUUAUCUUUGAAACUUCAAAGUUUAGUUAUCUUCAUUACUCUCUGAAGUCUAAUUUGAAUUUCGCGAGUCAACUGGAACACGGCAUAAGGCAAGUGAACAAGUUUAAAAAGAUUUCAAAAAACGUGAAUUUUCGAUUUUUUUGCGGAUUUGAAAAUUUCGCGCCUUACCCAUGGAGCGCAAUUUACAAUUGGUCUUUUUUUUGUCACAUUAUUUCCUUUUUAUCCUUUUUUGUUCUCCAUUUGUCAUUUUUCCGGUUGUACCUAAUCUUCGUAGAAACCGUGGAAUGCAAAUUUUUGAUUAUGUGAAAUCCAUUAUUUUUUAUUCAGGUCCUUUUUUAGUUUUUCAACUUUCUUUUUAGAUAGAAGCUAAUAAUAGUGUAUUUUUUGAUACUUUAUUCUCCGGCUCAGCUUUUCCGACCAUAUGACUUAUGUAAAUUUUUAAUCAAGGCGUUUUAUACCUAAAACUGAGAUUGGUUUCAGAAUGAGUGAAGCGGCCGUAGGGAGAAGCGGGUGAAGAGAACCGAUGAUGCCAGUGAUAUGCCAUCGGUCUAUCGACAGCGCGACGCUCUGAGGGCCAACGGAGGCCGUCCAUCUCGCAAAGGUCAGUUUUUUUUAAAAUCAUUAUAUUCCAUUUGUAUCCUCGGGUUUCCCAAUAACGAUGAUGUUUUGUUUUGGUCCAAAGAUCACUUCCAUCCAAGUCAGAACUAUACAUAAAUAUUUGAACGCUUUUUCUUCGUAUUAUAGGUAUUGACAAAUAAAAUUGUGAACAGCGGAAUCAGGUAGCUCCAUUUUGCGUGCGAAAUUCGCCCCAUUCUGAUUUAAUUUGCUCUCGCCGAUAACUUAUUCUCCGCCCCCUUUUUCCUGUUUUCCUCGCCACCUCGUCUAAUCAUCGUACUAGCUCAGUUCUAUUAAUUAUUGAUCAAAAAACGAGCUCCAAAUAGCAUAAACGGAGCUUUUUUUUUUUGAGAUUCCCUCACACCUUUAGAUGAAUCUUUUUUUCAAAAAUUACUCGCCGCAAUAAUUAUCGAAGAAAAAACGUAAUUGUGUUGUUAUGACUUUGUUGGCAGAUUUGGUCAUCACACAGUACACCUCCGUUAAUUAAUGAACUCCCAAGAUUGAAUUCUCAUCAAUUAUCCUAUUCAUCACCUCGUUUUUGUCAGCGUCAAGUUCACUCGGGCUCUUUUUUUGGGAAUUAUUCUCAUGAAAAAAUUUCUGACAGUAUUUAUUUUUUUAUUUUUUUGUUCGUGAGAUUUCUUUCAAAGCUGAACGGUUUUUUUAUUUUUAUAAAAAAACUGCUCGGUGACUUUUAAAUCAAGUCCCAUCAGGAAAAUCACUCCUCCAACUAAACAUUUUGAACAUUCAGGGAAUUAUUCAGGAAUUUAGCAUUUGGAAGGCUUAUUGGAGAGAAUUGUCUUGUUAUACUGAAAGAAGCUUUAUUUUCAAAAAUCUUCUUCGUAUUGCAAGAAAUUAACGGCCCUAUAAUGUUUUUGGAGAGUAAACUUUUUUUUUCUGGAAUUUGAAAGUUCGCUCGGAUUUUUUCAGCUAGAAAGAAUCUGAAUAUUUCAAAAAACUAAUAAUGAUUUGCCUAAAUUUCGAAAACUUCUGACCCUGAUUGGUAAACUUUUCAUUUUUGUUCUCAGACUUCAGAAAGUAAUUCAAAAAAGUAAAGUUCUUUUGGUUAUGCUCUUUUUUUCUCAGAAACGAGAUAAAAAUUUUGGGCAACGUGAUGUUUCGGGAAAUGAAUAAAUAAACAGGUGGACGUAAUAUGUGCCCCCAUUUGCUGGAAAAAAAGCAAAAAGGAUCUCUAAUCGCUUAUCCUGUUAUCAUUUGUGCUUAUCCAUGAGUUUUGCCCCGUCGUGUCCAUAAUCCGCUCUCCCACAAAUCCCACCUAUUCCCCAUUAUUUUUUUUCGAACAACUGAAUUCGAUUUUUCAGGGGUUUUUAAAAAAAUUGAAUUUUCUGGACUUAAUAGCACUACUUGAAAAGUAAGACGGGAUUUAAUAAUUUUUUUAAAAAGGUCUUCUUCAAAGAUUUCUGACUGAAUAUGUAGACCAGAAUAAUUUAGCAUUCUGUUUUACAAAUUUUUUUCUGUGAAAAAAAUGAUUGAUAUAUAUUAACUCUUCUCUCAUUUUUCAAUUCCUUUUCCGUUCGAUAGAGAAAAUCAGUAUUAGAUUACUUUCGAACACGAUAAAUAGAAUCCAUGCUCGAAAUAGGACAAAAAUGGAAAGGAAGUAUAAGAAAAGGCUUUUUUGCAAAAUUUUCUUCCGUUUCUUCGCCGUUGGUGACUUUACUCCUUGUUGAUGUUUUUAGGGUAUCUCUAGUUUCCCAAGAAAGCCCGAGUAAUUUCUUUUUGGCUUUACAUAACUCAGACCUUAGGAAAAAGUAGAAAACAUUAGGCUUUUUUGGAGAUUUGUUCUUCCAAAAUCACUGAUAAUUCUUUUUUUUUCGAAGUGGUAAGCUUCUUAACUAUUUCUUUAUGGAUUUUUUUCUCUCUACUAUAACUUCACUUAUUUAUCGCACGCAAACAUGUUAUACAAGAAAAUUGAAACUUUGAUAACUUUUUUUUUAAAUCGAGAAAACUUUCAUUGUUCAGUUUUCUGAUGUCACUUCUUUGUUCUUUAUUCAACAAGCAUGAUUUUUUUUCAAAGUUAAUUUGUAUGGUUAACUGAAAAUUUUCAUUAAUUAAUCCUGUUUAAAAAGGGAUCGGUACUUUUUUUGCCCGUUUUUUUUCCUUUUGCAUUUUGCGAGAAAUAUUUGGUUGAAUCGAUUUUCAAAAACUUUAGUAUUGGAAUAUCCUGAUGUGAGGUCCGACUCGAUGUCCUACUAGAGUCAGAAUUGAAAAUCUCUGAUUUGAUUCUGCAAUUGACUGCUGAACAUGGUUUUGCAACUAAGAUUCAAAUAUUUCCAGACAUUCGGAAGGAUUUGGACUGA